AUGAGCGAAACAUCAUCUCCAGCAACAACAACAGACCAAGUGCUGCUGUAUUCGGAAGAGAUCAAAGGCUUCUCUGGAAAAUUCAAUCUCAUUUUCUCUCAUACGUUUGAACGAGAUAGCUCAAUUCCGAAUAAUGUAGAUAAUGUAGCACAAUAUCGGUAUGCAUGGGCUUGCGGACGAGAGUUUGUGUGCUUUGGUGAAAACAAGAUGGAUGUUUUUGAUGUGAAUGAUCGUUUCAAAAAAAUUAAAACGUUUGAUCUCGUUUCUUGUAAUUUACAGGGUAUACCGUAUUCGGUUGCAUAUUGUAAGAAAGAUCAUUCUUGUAUCUUUGAAACGAGACCACUUUCAGGAUUUCCAAUCAAAAUUUCGAAAAUAGAUCUUAGGAACGGAGAAGUGAAAUGGUCCACAAGUUUCAAUUCAUCUAAAAACCUAUACAACAGCCUUCACAGUUUUGUAAUGGAUACUAGAGGAAUUAUCUAUCUUUUGGAUCAAACAAGUCAGCAAAUCGUUUUGAUUUGUAGUGAAAGUGGCCAGAUUAUUGAUAAAAUUGGAAAAAAUUGUAAAACGACUUUCAAUUCAGAAGCUUAUAACCCUUAUUACCUAUCUAUGGAUAGAAACGAUAACUUGUUAGUGACUUGUUACGAUCAAAACUGGAUACCCAUACUCAAAAUGUUCACACGAAAUUUGAAAUAUGUGAAAACUCUCAAAGUUUCUGGCUAUUAUUUUUCAGCUCCUCUCCUUUAUGAUCCAAUUUCGGAUGGUUACAUUUUCCGUUCACACAAUGGUAUUCAAUAUGCUUCCAAAGAUUUUGAGGCGAUUUCACAGAAAAACAUCACAGCCCAUUUUUAUUCCUUAUCAAAUGGAGUGGGGAUUUUUAAUCUCACACCCACACAGGUUGGGUGA